CUGAGAAAGAGAAAGAGAAAGAGAAAGAAAACAAUCUCGAAGAGAGAUCGAAAUGCGAACGCCGUCGAUGGGGAGUAGCUCCCGGCGAUCCUUUGGCCACCGCCGAAUCAUCGACAUCCUCGCCGAUGACCAGGAAUCCGACGAUGAGGGCAUUGCGCCGGUAUUCCUCUCCUCAGAUGGCUCCGAUCUCGUUGAGGUUAUGCUGGAACUGGACCACGAUUCCAUGGUGCUCCGAAGCGUAGCCACUGUCCCUCCCGACACCACCCCCACCCUAAGCCGGAGCUCCUCUACUACAUCAAGGAUUCGGCGGAAGUUCUCUUGGCUUCGAUCCCCAUCCCCUCGUCUCUCCUCGGCCUCAGCCUCGGCCAAUGACUUCUCCGCCAUCGCUGCAGCGCGGGAUGCACGGCGAGCCCAGGCCCGCCUCGCCCGUACCCGUUCAGGCGCAAAGCGGGCGUUGAAGGGACUGAAAUUCAUCAGCCACACCACCAGCGGUAGCUGCGGUGAUCCCACCGAUCUCUGGCGCCGCGUCGAGGAUCGCUUCAAUAAGCUCUCCCGCGAUGGCCUUCUCUCUCGCGACGACUUCGGCGAAUGCAUCGGCAUGGGGGAUUCGAAGGAGUUCGCGACGGGGAUCUUCGAUGCCCUCGCAAGAAGAAGACGUCAAACGCUUGAAAGAAUAUCAAAAGAAGAGCUCUAUGAAUUUUGGCUCCAGAUCUCCGAUCAAAGCUUCGACGCUCGUCUCCAGAUCUUUUUCGACAUGGCGGACACGAACGAGGAUGGAAGAAUAACGAGGGAGGAAUUAGAAGAGUUGAUAGUCCUCAGCGCGUCAGCAAACAAGCUGUCGAAGCUCAAGGAACAGGCAGCCGAAUAUGCCGCCCUUAUCAUGGAGGAGCUCGACCCUGAGAAUUUCGGUUACAUCGAGUUGUGGCAGCUGGAAGGGCUCUUACUACAGCGCGACAGCUACAUGAGCUACAGCCGUCCGCUAAGCACGGCCAGCGGUGGAACCACCGGCUGGAGCCAAGGGCUAGGCCCGUCUCGGCCGGCCAGAAGCUGGCUAGCGCCGCUACGGAGGGCUGCCAUCCGGGCCCGGCUGGCGGCGCAAAUUGGCUGGCGGCGAGCGUGGGUGAUAGCGGCUUGGGUGGCUGCGAUGGCCGGCUUGUUCGCCUGGAAGUUCGUACAGUACCGGCGCCGAGCCGCCUUCGAGGUCAUGGGUUACUGCCUCCCAACUGCCAAAGGCGCCGCCGAGACACUGAAGCUCAACAUGGCUCUGGUUCUCUUGCCAGUUUGCCGGAAUACGCUGACGUGGCUCCGGUCCACCAAAGCCCACCUCUUCGUCCCCUUCGACGACAAUAUCAAUUUCCACAAGAUGAUCGCGAUGGGCAUCGUGAUUGGGAUUCUAGUCCACGCUGGCAACCAUCUAACAUGCGAUUUCCCUCGUGUGAUCCGUUCGUCGCCGGAGCAGUACGCGAUCGUGGCACGUGACUUCGGGUCGGAGAAGCCCACGUUCAAAAGCCUUCUCUUCGGGGUCGAGGGGGUGACGGGAAUCGCCAUGGUAGUUCUCAUGGCCAUCUCUUUCACUCUCGCUACUCAUCCGUUCAGGAAAAAUGGAGGGCGGUUACCGUACCCGUUGAAUAAACUCACCGGAUUCAACGCCUUUUGGUAUUCACAUCACCUCCUCGCCAUCGUCUACGUGUUGCUCAUCGUCCAUGGCUACUUCAUGUUCCUCGUUCAUAGAUGGUAUCAGAGAACGACAUGGAUGUAUAUAUCAGUUCCAUUGUUACUUUAUAUUGGGGAGAGAACUCUUCGAGCUUUUCGUUCGCAAGUUUACUCUGUUAAAAUCUUAAAGGUUUCAUUAUUGCCAGGGAGCGUUCUGACUAUAAUCAUGUCGAAGCCUCAUGGAUUUCGUCACAGAAGUGGACAAUAUAUAUUCUUACAGUGCCCAACAAUAUCAUCAUUUGAAUGGCAUCCUUUCUCCAUCACUAGUGCUCCAGGAGAUGAUCAUCUCAGUGUCCACAUUCGAACAAUAGGGGACUGGACUCAAGAACUGAAACGCAUAUUCAUAGAGCACCAUCAAUCUCCUUCUUUUACAGGAAGAGCCAAACUGAAUCAAUUCUUUGCAGAGAAACAGAGUUUGCCGAGAUUGCUUGUCGAUGGCCCUUACGGUGCACCAGCACAAGACUACCGGAAUUUUGACGUGCUUCUCCUGGUAGGCCUAGGAAUUGGAGCAACACCUUUUAUUAGUAUUCUCAGAGACCUCCUCAACAACAUAAAAACAGCAGAGGAACUAAUGGACUCAACAACAGAGACCAGCACAUCAGAUGACAGCAACAAUAGCUUUAAUGUCUCCACAGCCAGCAGCAGCAAAAAAAGGUCACCAAGAACAACUAGUGCUCAUUUCUAUUGGGUCACAAGGGAAGCAGGAUCAUUUGAGUGGUUCAAAGGAGUUAUGGAUGAAGUAGCUGGAAUGGAUAAAAAGGGUGUCAUUGAGAUGCAUAAUUAUUUAACAAGUGUUUAUGAAGAAGGAGAUGCAAGGACGACUCUUCUUGCCAUGGUUCAGGCUAUCAAUCAUGCCAAGCAUGGUGUUGACAUUGUCUCCGGCACUAGGGUAAGAACACAUUUUGCAAGGCCAAACUGGAAUGAAGUGUUUGCAAGAAUAUCCUCCAAGCACCCAGGUGCCACAGUAGGUGUAUUCUAUUGUGGCAAUCCAGUUUUAGCAAAGGAGCUCAAAAAAUUAUCACAUGAAUCAAGCCAUAAGACCUCCACCAGAUUUCAUUUUCACAAAGAGUAUUUCUGAUAAACCAGGACAUGAAGAUUUUGCUUGAUUUUUAAAAUCAAAAGACGGCUUCCUUGCGGUAUUUUUCUUAUGUAAAAUGUAUAUACAUAUAUUUCUUAAGUAGGUAAUAGCCUUGAGCAUUCUCAUCCAUCAAAAAUUUUUAGCAAUUAUACAUGUAUAUUGUAAUAAUUUCAAUGAUGCCAAUAUAAACAUAUAUAUAUAUAUAUAUAUAUAUGUAUGUUAGCAA